AUGGGGUGGGGGGGGUUUUUGGUGGGGGUUGGUGAUGGUGGAGGUGUUUUAUGGGUGGUGUUAGGUGGGAUAGUGGGGGGGGGGGAGUGGUGGAAAUGUGGUUGUGGGGGGGUAUUGGUGGUGUUUGUUGGGGGGUGGGGGGGGGGGGGGGGGGUUUUGGUGUGUAUGUGUUUGGGAUAUAUUGGUGGGGGGUUGGUUGUGGGGGGGUUUUGGGGUUGGGGGUGUUUGGGGGUUUUUUGGGGGGUUUUGGUUUUUGGGUGGUUGUUGGUUGGGGGGGGGGGGGGGGGGGGGGAGGUUGGGGGUUGUGGGGGUUUGUGGUGGGAUGGGGGUGGGGGGGGGGGUUGGGGGUGGGGUAAUGUGGGGGGUGGGUUUGGGGGUGGUUUUUGGGGUGGGGUUUGGGGUUUGGGGGUUUGGGGGGGUGUGGGGGUAGGGUUUGAGGGUAGGGGGGGGGGGGGUGGUUUGGUUUGGGGGAUUGGUAGGGUUGGGAUUGUGUGGUUGGUGUGUGGGGUUGGUGGGUGUGUAGGGAUUGGAGGGUGGGGUUGGUGGUGGGGUUGGAGGGUGGUGGGGGGAUUUGUUGGGAAUGAUGGGAUGUAUUUUUUUUGUUGUUUUAAUGGGUUGGUUGGGUAG